AUGAGCACUCAGACGGAGGUGAGGCAACGACAGCCAAAACCCGAAAACGUAGCGACGACGUCUAAUGGAAGUGUAGCUCAAAGCUCCGAAACUUCAUCCGACAAUGACUGGGAAAUUGUCGGAAAAGCUAAGGAAAAUCAUAAUGUAAGCCUACGGUUCUAUUUUUAAAACUUUUGCAUGCUAAAUACGCAAUCCGUAUUUUACAUCUUACGAUUAGACCUAUAAAAGCCCAAUCUUUCGUUGCAGGACCUAAUAAACCCCGGGACCUUCAAAUUUACUUAAUAUAGGUCUCUCUUAGCUUAUUACUGUAAAACCCAAAAAAAUAGUAUACCGUUCAUAAUGAACGCCAUGUUUAACUCUAACUGAUUUACAGACCGACAUGACAGCCUAUAUCCGACCCGUCCUCAAGCAAUUCAUUCCAUCAACGUAUAUCCGCAAAAAAGUCCCGUCCCGCUUCUAUCGCGGUCUCUGUACAACAAUGGCCAUAUUCUGGUUCGUCAUUGGUGUUCUCGUGUUAAGGAAAACCGAACGUGCCACAACCGCAGUACGAUACAUUAAAGAGCAUGGCCAUACGGUUGGCUUGGACACAAUUGAAAGAUCUUCAGAAUUUGCGGAACUUAUCAAUACUCUUGACAAGGAAUUCACACGGCCGCCUGCCAUCUUCCUUUUGAAUCAAUAUGCUUUGAAUAUGACAUUCAAUUUCUUGUGUAAUACACAAGAGUUUGAAGGUGCUCAUGAGAGGUUUAUCUUUGUUACACUUGAUCAUGUUGCUAGAGAUACAUUGAAAGAGUACUGGCCAAACAUUAGGCAGUUUUAUUGGCCUACUCCUAGUUUAUAUGUAAGUUUGUUUGAUGAAGCCAAAGUACUAAACUAUAUGUGCUUUAAUAAUUCACUACGAUGUUGAAAGAGUGUUCUGUACAUAACGUAAAAUUCGCCUUUAAUGUCUAAUUAAACACGAAAUUUAUGUUGCCAUUUCCUCUCAUAAACUAUCAUUGGUUGAAUAAUUUUUCCCUUUUUAGAAGCCAUUCUCCUUUGCCGAAGGCCCGUACCAAACAAUUUAUCUUCUCCGUGCCAACAUCGGCAUCGCCAUGCUGAAACGAGGAAAAUCGUUUUGGAUGAUGCAACAAGACACAUUCUGGAGAAGAAACUUGUUUGAGCUAAACUUGGAAGAUGACCAUUCAUUCGAUGGACUUUUUGACCAAAUUGGCAAAGACGAAACUAGCCAGCGGGCUGAGUGGGUCAAUGGUAGGAUUAAUAUUUGUGUCUUUAGGUCUUAUUAGUAUUCGUCAAAGUUUAUGUUAACUACAUUAACUAAAAACCUCAACUUUUUCUUUAGCUUUCUGAACCUAGUUAUAGCCCUAGCACUAGAUCUACAAUUGAAAAAAAUUCUUUAGGAGCCAACUUCUUUAUCCAUGCCAACAACUACACGUUAGAGUUCUUCGAGUCAAUGGCUGGAAAGCUGGCUCAUUGGUAUGCGCCUGACAUGGGAAUUAUGAUUCAUCAAUGUCACACAUGGGGUAGACCCAAGUGCCAAUAUAUCUCACACAAGUAAGCCUAAAACUAUCACUUUUUGUUGCCUAUAUUCCAAAAAAGAUUUUUUUAAUAACUAAACGCAAUAAUUCAGUACAUGACUUCGUUGUUGACGACAUAAUUCAUAGUCUAAAAACGUUUUUAUAAACAUUUUUUAUUUACAGAAUCGGCCACAGCUGGGAGUGGAUGUACACAGACCAGAAAGACCCACCAUACAUUCUUCAAUUAGACUGUGAGACUGACGGUGGAUCAAAGCUUCAACAAUUAGCUCGUUUUGGGUUCUACUUUACAAAACCAGACGGUCGUACGUGCAAUCCAGAAGCUGUACGUAAAGCUAAAGAACGCAUGGACAAAGGCCAAGUUAAAGUUGAUGAUGAAAAAAGUUGGUUAACGUUAAGUUGGGGACGAUUUCAAUUUCGACUAUAUUGGUGGCUGGUAGAUCACAUGCUAAUGACACCUAUUAUUGGACCUAUGCUCAAGCCAUACUUGCCUUUGGUGGGGUAUAUUCUUAUGAUUACUAUGUAG